CCUCCAGAGUUGUCUUACAUCAGCUCAGUGUGCCUGGAUAUGAGGACUGAGAGAGUAUAGAAAACAGAACUUCUUGGAUUUUACUUUUGUUCUCUUUUUCACUGCUUGGAAUUAAGACCUCACUGGACAAAUGGUUUGAGAAAAGUAAAAAUCAAACAGAAUGAAGGCUUGGUUUCUACUGGAGAUGAACCACCCUUGGAAGAUGCUCUUUCCAUUACCACUUCUGCUGUACCUGUCAGGGUCUGUGAAGUCCCAAGUAAAUCCAACUGUUUGUCGAUCCCCGCUAGGGAUGUCUGGGGGGCAGAUUUUAGAUGAAGACAUUUCAGCUUCUAGUCAGUGGUCUGAUUCAACAGCAGCAAAAUACGGCAGACUUGACUCUGAAGAGGGGGACGGUGCAUGGUGUCCAGAGAUCACUGGAGAACCGGAGAAUAUGAAAGAGUUCCUGCAAAUAGACCUUCGCUCCCUACAUUUCAUCACCCUGGUGGGCACACAAGGCCGCCACGCGGGGGGCAUUGGAAACGAGUUUGCCCAGACCUACAAGAUCAAAUACAGCCGGGAUGGCAGCCGCUGGAUCUCCUGGCGUAACCGUCAAGGAAAGCAGGUGAUCGAGGGGAACAGGAAUGCCUAUGACAUUGUCCUGAAGGACCUGGAGCCACCCAUCAUUGCGCGCUUUGUGCGCUUCAUGCCUGUCAUCGACCACUCCAUGAAUGUGUGUAUGCGCGUGGAGCUCUACGGGUGUGAAUGGCUAGAUGGGCUGGUGUCAUACAAUGCACCACUGGGCCAGCAGAUGACCCUCCAUGGCCAGCUUAUUUACCUGAAUGACUCUGUAUACGAUGGUGCCAUGAGUUACAGUAUGACAGAAGGGUUGGGGCAGUUGACAGAUGGUAUGUGUGGUCUGGAUGAUUUUACUGUCAGUCAUGUCUACAACGUGUGGCCUGGCUAUGACUAUGUGGGCUGGACUAACGAAAGCUUCCCCAGUGGAUAUGUAGAGAUCAUGUUUGAGUUCGACCGAACCCGCAAUUUCACCACCAUGAAGGUGCACUGUAAUAACAUGUUCUCUCGAAGAGUUAAGACCUUCCAGAAGGUGGUUUGUUAUUUCCGUUCGGAGUCAGACUGGGAACCUACCCCUGUUUCAUUCAGCCCUGUAAUGGAUGAUGUGAACCCCAGCGCCCGCUUUGUCACCGUAUCCCUCAACAACCACAUGGCCAGUGCCAUCAAGUGCCAGUAUUACUUCUCUGACAUUUGGAUGAUGUUCAGCGAAAUCACCUUCCAGUCAGAUACAGCAAUGUAUAACACCACUCUUGCCCCCCCGAAGACUGGCCCUCCAACCAGCACACAACCAGGGGAUAAUCCCAUUCACAAAGUAGAUGACAGCAACACCCGAAUUCUCAUUGGCUGUUUGGUAGCCAUCAUCUUCAUCUUGGUGGCCAUCAUUGUCAUCAUACUCUGGAGACAAGUCUGGCAGAAGAUGCUGGAGAAGGUAUCCCGGAGGAUGCUGGACGAUGAACUAACUGCUAGUCUGUCAAUACAGAGCGAGACCUUCACCUAUAACAACAACAACCCCUCCUCAGCGCCCAGUGAGCAGGAGUCCAACUCCACUUACGAGCGUAUAUUUCCCCUGGGCCCGGACUACCAAGAGCCCUCCCGCCUUGUCCGCAAACUGCCCGAGUUCUCACAGACCUCAGAGGAUACUGCAUCGACCAGUACAGCCUCCAAGUCUCCUCAGACCAGUCCUCAAGAGGGAGCCCCCCAUUAUGCUGAGGCAGACAUUGUCAACUUGCAAGGCGUAACUGGAGGCAACACGUAUGCUGUGCCAGCCCUCACCAUGGAUCUGCUGUCAGGAAAGGACAUAGCCGUAGAGGAGUUUCCACGGAAACUGCUGACGUUCAAAGAGAAGUUGGGGGAAGGGCAGUUUGGAGAGGUGCAUCUUUGUGAGGCAGAAGACAUGGAGGACUACAUGGAUGAAGAUUUCUCUUUUGAUGUCAGUGACAACCAGACAGUACUCGUAGCUGUGAAAAUGCUGCGAGCAGAUGCUAAUAAAAAUGCCAGGAAUGACUUUUUGAAAGAGAUAAAGAUCAUGUCGCGAUUAAAAGAUCCCAACAUCAUUCGGCUGCUGGCGGUGUGUAUGAGCUCAGACCCGCUCUGCAUGAUCACUGAGUAUAUGGAGAACGGGGACCUCAACCAGUUCCUGUCCCGCCAUGAACCGGAGGGCAUGAUCGCCCUGCUCAGCAACGCACCGACAGUCAGCUACAGUAACCUUCAGCACAUGGCCACCCAGAUCGCUUCGGGUAUGAAGUACCUCUCCUCACUUAACUUUGUGCACCGAGACCUCGCCACGCGCAACUGCCUGGUAGGCAAAAACUACACCAUCAAGAUUGCAGACUUUGGCAUGAGCAGGAACCUGUAUAGUGGAGAUUAUUACCGCAUCCAGGGCAGAGCCGUGCUGCCCAUCCGCUGGAUGUCCUGGGAAAGCAUCCUGCUGGGUAAAUUUACCACGGCCAGUGAUGUUUGGGCUUUCGGUGUGACUCUCUGGGAGACGCUGACGUUCUGCAAGGAGCAGCCGUACUCGCAGCUCUCAGAUGAGCAGGUCAUCGAAAACACAGGGGAGUUCUUCCGGGACCAGAGGCGACAGAUCUACUUGCCGCAGCCGCCCUUGUGUCCGGACCCCAUCUACAAGCUCAUGUUGAGUUGCUGGCACAGGAAUGCCAAAGAGAGACCAUCUUUCCAAGAGAUCCAUCGAAUACUGCUGGAGUGCAAGCCGUAGUGUCUGCUCCUUUGCCAACCCCAGCACUGCCAGAGACGCUUUAGUGUGCCCACAGGACUCCAGACAACUACACACCCGCACAUACACUAACACACACCUCCUUCCGCACAGUCUCAUAUAAUGGUGUCCAGGAUCAUUCUACGUUCUGUUGUUCGGAACUGAAGAAAGUGAAGGCAAAGUGAAAUAUGUGGUAUACAAGAACUUUGUCAUCAUUUUGAAUGAGGCAAAAUGCCUUUGGUUGGCACAAGGUAGAGGACAAAGAGGCUAAAGAAAAUGUAGCAGUGAGUUCAGGCACUUUUUUAAAGGAAAAAUAGCUUUGUAUUUUUAAAUAUUUUAUGCUUUUAACAUUUGUUAACUCCUAGAUAAUAGUUCAAAACAAUAGUGAAAACUUAGUGAAGCGUGAUAUAAUUGCAAAUAUUAUGUCUUUUCCAAUGCGUUAAAUUAGAAGACAGCUUGAAUGUAAAUAAGAGUUUUGAUUUUCUUUUUAAAUAAUCCAGAUUUUCAUGAAUCUUCACAACUGUUUUAACACUUGCGUCUCUUAUUUUUAUCUUCAUCUCAGCCAGUUUUAUUUUUUUUUAGUAAACUGAAUAACCACUUUCAAAUAAGUGGAUAAAGCCCAAGCAUGCAUGGACCUAAACCUGUCAUUAUUAAAAAAAAAUUGUUUAAUGUUUAAUAUUUUAACAUAUUGACUAGACACUUUCCAAGGUUUAUUAAAGGGGAAUUCCACUGAUUUUUGAAAAACCUCUGCG